UUACUACUACUAAUAUAAAAUCAAUGUUGGGAUUUUUAUUUUAUCCAUUCUUCAUCUUCUAUAAAUCCUUUGUUUCGGUGAUCUGAAAGAAACAUAUUUUUCUGAAAUUUCUUCGAAGUUUUUGUCCUCCUCUUUCAAUCUCGUUGAAUUUUUAGGGAUUUGGGUUUCAUUAAAGCAUCCUGAUUUGGAAGGUGUGUUUGUUACUUUCCUUUUGUCUUCUUCGUAAAAAAAAAAAUCCAAUCUUUGUUGUCUGGUCAUUAUGGGUAGGACUAGUAAUUGGAGAAGACAAAAACCCAGAUACAACAACAAUUCUAAUCAUAAUUAUAUUCAUCAACGAGGGACGACGACCAUGACGACGACUCUAUCUUCAUCUAAGCCACCUCUUGAAUCCGUAUUAAUACACCUCUAGUGUACCAGUUAUCGUCUGACAAGGUUAUCGAGUAUCUCAAGGUGGCCGUGGAGAAGAUACUGCGAAAUCAAGUCUAUGGGGUCAACAACGACUCGAUUCCUUCCACCUGGGUUUUCGAGUCCGGUGUCAGGUUCGUAGCAGCAAGUCACGGUCUCUCCGGCUGUUGGCUCGGGGCUUUUACCAGCUCCACCGUGGGAGUCACAGUUGCGUCCAGAGUCGUGGUGUGGGGAACAGAAGGAGUGCAACAAUCGUAGCGUCGUCUGGGUUACAGAGAUGAAGAAACCCAAUGAUUCUGAGGUUGAAGAAUCUCAACAAAACUCGAAAAUUCCUGUGAGUGAUUUGGUCGAACAGGUGGUGGAUAUACAUUACAGAAGGUCUCUUCGGAAAAAUAUUGUGAUUUAGGGGGGCUUUCAAACCUCUUUAUUCCAGUCUCCAGACAACAUCAGUCUCAUAAAUGGAUUGCGGUGAAGCAACGGUUGUUCCAUCGAGCUCGAUUUAAAAUUUGAGGAAGGAAGGAAGGUAGAAUCGAGUGUGAUAACACUUUUUGGAGUCGACGGUACAAAUCCAGAAAUCCGAUCAAGGCAAAAAAAAAAUAGACUCACUCAAGGAUCACUGAGAACAGGUAAAACAUUCACUGUUUGGGAUGUUGAGUAUGUUUUGUUUGUUAUCUUCUGAGAAAAUGGAGAAUCGGACGGCUAUCAUUGAACAAACUGGUAAGCGUAGGAAUUGGAAGAUGAUUGAUAUAGGCUGGACUUUCCAGUUGGUUUCUUUUGCGAUAACUUCUUGGGGUCAGAACACUUCAGCUGCUAGUGAGCGGAAUUAUGAUGCCAUCAUGUUUUGUAAAACUAUCUUAGAUGUUAAUCAAAAUUCCGAUGGAAGCUAGUGAGUUCAAGGAACAAAAUACAACUACUCUAUCUUGGAUUAGGAGUGUAUGGGAGCUCAAUGGAACUUGUUGGUGAGACUUUACAGUAGCAAUGGGAUGAUGAUGUUGCUGCGAGUUUCUCAAUGGUUUAGUGGCGCUUGGGACACAGGUGGGACUUGGUUUGGCAAAGCACAGUGGGAAUGGUCAUUGAGAGAGUUCACAGAACUGGUAAGGUUUUGAAUCCUAGAAUGUUUAAGUUGUGGGUCUCAAAUUUGGGUAUAGGUAUUAUUAAGGCGUUGCCACUGUUUAAGAAGCUUGAUGGGCGUACAAGAGGAAGGAUUAAGAUUACGACAAGAAAACAACUUUCUGAUAAUUCUAUGGCCAAUCUAGUUUGGGAACAUGAUGGAGUAGGAUAUGAGCAUGAUUUUACUUGGUUAGAGAAGAGUAGUAUACAGAUUGAACUGGGAAUUGCUGAGUUUUGGGGAUGCAAAACAUUUGGUAUGGAGUUUCUAGUGUCAAGCCAGAAGAUACAGCCAAGUCAUUACAUGUUCGUCAAUGAACCCAAGGAGAAGACACAAAAGCUAGAUAGUGAGUGUAAGUGGGUACAAAACAAACAGCGCUUGUCACUUCAUCUUGAGGACAAGACGGAUCUUUCAGGGGCGAGUAGUAGUAGGUGUAGAUGGUUGGUAUUUGAUAGAGGAAAGAAGGAGCUUAGAAUCAUGGAGGAUGACGGUACUAAAGCAAAAGCAGAAUCACCACAAGGAAAUAGACUGAAGUUGUAUGACAUUAUUGCAGGAGAAGAAGUGGUGUUAUGGGAGAUUCCGGGUGUGGAAAUAGUCGUGGAGUUCUGGCUGUUUGGGUUGAUGGCAAUUGUCAAUGCAGUAACAAAGUGGAAGCAUUACGGGAUUCAUAAAGAGUUGGGACCAAUACUUAGUCAAUGGAAGCAUGAUAGAUCUCCUUUCAUUCCAAAGUUACUAGAUGACAAAAGAAAAAGUGUCUACAUGCCAAAGCAUCUGUUUGAGCGUUACCUUAGUAUUAAAGAUGUUGGGUAUCCAGUGGAGUUUGACAAGCUCACCUUAAAUCAUUUUGAGAACUUUUUUGUUAGAAACUUCGCUUUUGGAGUGUCUCAUUCACCAAGGCCACCAGAACUGAUUAUCUGCUUAGUAGGAUCAUUGUUGUGGACUCCAACAGAAGUGAGGUCUCAAGAUGGAUAUAGUGAGAACAACAAGGUGGAACAGAUGCUGAGAGAAUUGAACCAGACUGAAAUCUAUCUUCUCUCUAAUCCUCUAUCUUCUCUUCCCUUAAUCAAUUCUGGUUACUUUGGUUAGGGUCUAACCUAACAUCGUGCCCACGGUAAACGCUGGGUAGCCAAGUGCCGAGCGGAUAGCCAAGUGACAGAAGUUUUGAGAAUUCAAGAGAAGGUAAUAAUUGCAAACUCUCUGUUCCGGCGUGGGAGAAAGAUUUCUGUGCUGUGAUUGGUUCUGUUCCGUGGUGGAAAGUUUUAGAGGCGAAGCCGUUUAUGCACUUAUACGAUAGAGUUGUCCAAUGGGAUGACUCAGCUGGUGAAGAAGCAUUCAAUAACGCUAAAUCUCGUUUCUAUGCUGAGAUUAGUGGUUUUACUUGUGACUUAUAUUUGCCUGAUCCUGAUGUCUACAUUGAUGAUGUUGAUUGGGAUGCUGAAGUUGACGCUGAGCUGAUUCUUGACCUUGAACGUGGUCCAGAUCCUAUAACAGUAGAUGAAGAAGAGCAUGUUGUGAUUCUCGAUGGUUUGGUCUUGUCUGGACAGUGUGGUGGGCUCGGUUGGGGAACUGGUUGGGGAGAUGCUGAAGGGAUUAAUGAGGAUAAUGUUGGAAUUGGUAAACCUGAAAACUCAUGGGAUGAUCAGAAAUGUGAUGGAUGGAAUGAUGAUUCUUGGGGGAUAAAGGAGAACACCAACAACAACAGCUUCAAAACCAAAUCUUGGGAUCAAAAGAACAACAACAACAGCUUUAACCAGAAUAGUAGGGAUCAAGGAAGAGAGAGCAGAGGGUGGAGAAAGAGAGGAGAAGUGCGAUAUGGAGGAGAUCGAGUUGAGGAUUGUCGAUGGAGGAAUGGGAGAGGGAGAAGCAGAGGCGGGUUUCAACAACAUUCAAGUGGUUGGGGUUGGACUGAAUCUUUCUAAUAUCAGACAGAGCGUCUCUGUUUGAUGAACAUUUUUUUGAGGAAAGAGCCAUAGUAUUAGGUUAACUAUAUAUAAUGAUAGUGUUGUGUGUGUGUGUGUGUGUGUGUGUGUGUAGGAGUUAAAAAUCAUAUCGAUGGCUCAAAUUUUUAUGUCUAAAUGUUUUUGAGGAUCUUAUCACUACUACAAGCGUUUGGCUGAUUUUGGAAUGUGAUUUGAUUGAAUCUCAGUA